AUGAAUCCUUUUACCGCAUUUGAGCCUUCAGCUCGAUCACUGGAACUAACGCGUGCCUUGCUAACGAAUUAUUUACACCGAAAUACUCCAUAUGUGGUUAAGCCGGACAAGGAACCGGAAAGUAUUGUUCUGGGCAUCGCAGCUUCCGUUUGGUCUGCUGUUCAAAUGGUUACCGGUUUCGACGAUUUAGAAUCAGCAGAAGACGAUAACGAGACUGUUCCACCAGCUUCCCUUGGUUCACUGUCUGUGCUGUUGCUGUUGAAUUUAGCAUGUCACCAAGAACCAGGAGCAAGCCUUAAUAUCUAUAAGGAAUCAUUGUCGAAAUUUCAGAAUUCACAAGGUUUGUCUGAAGUUUCAUCGUUGAGUAAUGGUGAAGGUGGCACAUUCAAGCUGGACUACAGUGCGCUCUACGAACGGCUUUGUGCCACUGCGGACCAGCAGCCACCAAUGCUCUUCCUGUACAUCUUGCUGCAUCGAAAUAUUGGGUUCCGGAAUUAUGUCCUUUCAAGAAUCAAUUUGGAAAAAUUGGUACUUCCUGUGUUGAUUGUUUUGAAUGGUGGGACACAAAAUAAUGGCAUAAAUAGUGCAUAUAAUGCACAUCAUGUUUAUUUGGCACUUAUUGUUAUUCUAAUUCUCAGCGAGGACGAUUUCUUCUGCAAGGUUGCGCAUGAAACGGUAAGCUAA